AUCCCGGGAAAUUCAGAGACCGGGCUGCCAUAGUUCUCCCGGUACCAUGGCAACAACCAGUGCAGACGGGGCCCCCAGGGGCCAGCAGCGCAAUCCUCUCCAGGAUCUGGACAACUUGCUGCUCUGUGGAAUUUGCUUUGAUUAUUUCAACAUCGCCAUGAUUAUCCCGCAGUGUUCACAUAACUACUGUUCUCUCUGCAUCCGGAAGUUCCUGUCAUACAAGACACAGUGUCCCACCUGCUGUGUGGCUGUCACCGAGUCGGAAUUACGGAAUAACCGAUUACUGGAUGAUGUGGUGAGGACGUUUGUCAGCGCCAGGACGCAUCUUUCCCAGUCUUUCUCGGACUCCUCGCCGCAGACUCCACAAGAUCUUUCCACAGGCAAUCUGUCUACGAGUGGGAGACAUGAAAGCACCAGGAAAGAUAUAAAGCAGGAGAGAAAAUCUAUGGACACGUUCCUGGUAAAAACCAGCUCAAAAAUAUCCAGAAGAUCCUCCGGCGCUGCAAAUGUCUCCAUGGGGACCGCACUGGAUGGCUACCUGUUUGCCCCAUCAAGCUCCACCAGAUCAAUCAAACAGGAACCUGGUGUCACCGAUCAACCAUCAGAGGAGGUGUCUGCACCCAGUAACCCCUCCACAUCCCUGGCAAAAGUUAAAGUGGAAUGCCCUGUGUGCGGAGUUGGCAUUUUGGAACAAUACAUGAACAAUCACCUAGACAGCUGCCUUACUAGGGAUGAGAAAAAAGAGAGUCUGCGCAGCUCAGUUCAAAAGCGGAAACCUAUGACCAAAGUCGUGUACAACCUGCUGUCCGAGCGCGACCUGAGGAAGAGGCUGAAGGAGGUCGGACUGCCCACUCAAGGGUCCAAGCAGCAGAUGAUUCGGCGGCACCAGGAGCUGGUGCUCAUGUAUAAUGCACAGUGCGACUCAUUGCAUCCCAAAUCAGUUGCAGAAAUAGUUUGUGAAAUUGAGAAAAAUGAGAAGAUUCGCUCAUCUCUGGAGGCAAAGAAAAUAAGUGGCCUGACAUUCAGCAAGGAGCAGAGUGAAGAGCAAAUAGAUGGGAUUCACCAGGAUUACAGGAAGAAGCACAAGAAUGAAUUCCAGCAGCUCAUACAACAGGUGAAGGGUCGAUGGAAGAAUUCUAAGGGACAGAAGGUGAAAGAGGAGCCCAACACAGAUAACAUCGUCCCGGAUAUCAAAGAGGAGAAGAUGGAGGAAUCCACCCCCAACCGUCACCCAUUGUCGGAGACUGAGGAUUGUUGCCCGCUAAAAACAGAAAAUGCAUCUGUCUUCCGCUCCAGCUCACCUGUUUUCCCUCUUUCUCCCCAGUCUAGAGCCAGCUCCAGUUCUGACAUUCUUCGGGACAUAGAGGAAGCCACAGUUCCGGAAGCGUCAAAUUCUACCCUAGGUCCAUCCCAAAGCAGGAGGAGGAAGAGGAAAGUCGUCCCCUCGGCUGAAGCAUCGUCUAAGCCUCAGACAUCUAGGAGUAAGAGACAGCACAAAUAAAUGGUUUUGCUUCCACCGGGGACUGAGGACGACCUAAAGAAGCAGAACACAAAUGACUUCCAUCUUACCCAGAGAAGCGCUGCAUCUGGAGUCUGGGAGAGGCGCUCUCAGCAUUUCCCCCCUGGAAUCCCAAAAUUCCCAUGUUAGAAGCACUAUGGCCACCAUUAUUGAAGAUAAUUGCCUAUUUAUGCAGUGAUACAGCCUGGAACAGCCAUGGACAAUUCAAGGAAUUAUUUACCUGGGAGAAGUAAACCUUCCAUAACUCUCCCGGAAGACUAAUCUUUCCUCGAAGAACCUGAGGUCACAGGGACAGGAGAAGCUACCAAACCGUAUUCCUCUGGGUAGAGGGUCUGGAGGAGCCCCAUUGACCCUGUUCUAGCUGCAUUACACACCUUUCAAUGUGAAUGUAAGACUUGAGAUGGAAACUUUUGGACUUUUUUUUUUUUUUUUUUUACUUUUUCCUGAUUUUUUUUCAUCCUUUAUUUGCAGCUGCCGUCUC